UCGUCUGGUCGCCGCCUGCGAAGAAGAUGCCACCGCCGCGCCGCGGUCCCGGCCGCCGCGUCCUUUUCCUCCUCCUGGCCCUGCUGCUGCCCUCGCCACCCCCGGCCCGCGCGCCCGCGCCCCCGGGCCCCGCCGCCGCCCUGCUCCAGGCUCUCGGGCUGCGUGACGCACCCCGGGACGCCCCCACUCCCCGGCCCGUACCCCCCGUCAUGUGGCACCUGUUCCGCCGCCGGGACCCCCAGGAGUCAAGGACGAACCUGCGGCGGACGCCCCCAGGGGCCACCCUGCGACCGUGCCACCUGGAGGAGCUGGGGGUCGCCGGGAACAUUGUGCGCCACGUUCUGGACCGCGGUGCGCCCGCCCGGCCCCCGGAGCCCGCUUCGGCCGCGGGGCACUGCCCCGAGUGGACCGUCGUCUUCGACCUGUCGGCCGUGGAACCCGCCGAGCGCCCGAGCCGGGCCCGCCUGGAGCUGCGCUUUGCGGCGGCGGAGGCGACGGCGGGCGGCUGGGAGCUGAGCGUGGCGCGGGCGGCCGAGGGCGCUGGCCCCGGGCCGGUGCUGCUCCGCCAGGCGGUGCUCGCCCUGGGAACGCCGGUGCGCGCCGAGCUGCUGGGCGCCGCCUGGGCCCGCAACGCCUCGGCUCCGCGCAGCCUCCGCCUGUCGCUGGCGCUCCGCCCCCGGGUCCCGCCGCCUGCGCGCGCUGCCGAGGCCUCGCUGCUGCUGGCGACCCUCGACCCGCGCCUGUACCCCCUGGCCCGACCGCGGCGCGAGGCCGAGCCCGCGGUGGGCGGGGCGCGGGGCGCGUGUCGCGCGCGGCGGCUCUACGUGAGCUUCCGCGAGGUGGGCUGGCACCGCUGGGUCAUCGCGCCGCGCUUCCUGGCCAACUACUGCCAGGGCCAGUGCGCGCUGCCCGCCGCGCUGUCGGGACCCGGCGGGCCGCCCGCGCUCAACCACGCCGUGCUGCGCGCGCUCAUGCACGCGGCCGCCCCCGGCGCCGCCGGCCUGCCCUGCUGCGUGCCCGCGCGCCUGUCGCCCAUCUCCGUGCUCUUCUUCGACAACAGCGACAACGUGGUCCUGCGGCACUAUGAGGACAUGGUGGUGGACGAAUGUGGCUGCCGCUGACAAGAACGGGCGGGGACGGGGCUCAACAAUAAACACGGCGUGGUCCGCUCAGCCUCCA